AUGGCCGGGACACCCGCAACCACCACCGCCAUCACCAUAACCCCUCGUCCUGCUACACGAUUCAAGAGAGAAAAGUACUCAAGUAUUGCGUGUGAGGAGUGCCGAGGCCGCAAGCUCAAAUGUCGAACUACAGUUCCUGGCUGCUGUGAUCGUUGUCGAGCUCAGGGCCUACAAUGUCGAAUCACUCGCCCACAGAGAGGCCUGAGAAGUCAACUGCGUCAUAUACCAGCUCCCACCAACGUCAGCCAAAACGAUGACCCCAUCGCACGGUUUCGCCAGUUGGAACAUGAGCUCAAUAUUCUGCGUCACCAGGUUGCUCAGUUGACCUCAUUCCAUCAGAACCAAAGCCCCAGCCCACCGGCACAGCAGUCUCAUGCUUCUGGAUACUCUGACGAAGCAAAACCUUUCACCAUCUCUCAAGUUCGGACUCGGGUUGAGCCACAUUUUGUGGGCAUGACACGGCCCACUUUCACCCUCAACAUUGCCAAGGCUUCUCUAGAACUGAUGGGGGUUGUUGUGGACAACGAUAACGCUCACCUGGAGCCAGCACCAUCACUGCCACGACAAGAUGCAUGCUCAGUCGCCGGAAAUGAUCCAUUGCUGCGCCUUGCCCUCCCAGAAAUACAGCGCCUUUAUGCUGUCUUUCAGGAUGAAAUAGCCUCGUCAUACCCUGCCUUUUACUGUCGGGAUGUGGAGGCAAAAAUACCAGACAUCGUUGAUCGGCUAUCAGGGGUUGCUCAUCAGGAUGAUGCCGCGCGCGUCCAGAAGCAGGCUCAAUUUCUCAAAAUAGCCAUUGCGACAGCUCUUGUUUUAGAAAGAACUGGGAACAAGUUGGCAAUGGACCUUUACACCUCGGUCGAGCAUGAGACUGGCAAGAUGUAUGCCCAUCCUCAGGUAGAGCUCAUCGAGAUUCGAACGGCGGCUAUCAUGGUGAGAAUGAGCCUUUGCGCAACGUACCACUUUUAUUGUGACGAAGAGCUCUACGCCUGGCGCACUAGAAUGGUACUAGAGAUGGGCUUGCAUCGACGGCAGAGUUUGAUCACGAACUUUCUUGACCCGGCAGAUCGAGAAGAUGCUUUGGUUGUUUUCUGGUCUGUUUAUUGCCUUGACCGUCGAUGGAGCUUAGGUACUGGCCUGUCUUUUGCCAUAGUUGACCGUGAUGUUGACCCUGAGCUUCCUGAUUUGCCAGCACAUCAAGUCUACCUUCGGUUGCUUGUCGACUAUGCUCGCCUCUGCUCCAAGGUCUGGGAAGCCCUCCCCCAGUUCGGCAGCACAUCAACCUCCCCAUCUCCCGCGCUGAUUCUUGAUCAGCAAAUCCAAGACUGGGUUUGCGGCAUACCCUCCCCGUUCAGGCUGUCUUCUCACUUUUAUCCCCCCAUAAACCCGCCCACCCUUGACCUCGACUACCCCACCCUGACGCCCUCAAGAGCUGCACGCAACGUGCGCUCAAUGAUGCAUCUUCGCGGCAACCAUCUGCGGUCCCUAGUAAACCGCCACCAUGUCCUCACCAGCAGCGCCAUUGCCGCCAACCCUCCCCAAGCGCGCCUUGUCGUCCAAAUAGCAAGGGAUUCUAUCCAGGUCAUUGUCACGCUGAGUGAAGAAACCGACAUCUACGCGCGGCAACAGCCGGCUUAUAACCACUACCUCAUAUCGGCGCUCGCCAUAGUCCUCCUCGCUACCUGCCAUGCACCAGAAUUAUUCGCCGCCGCCUGUUGUCAAGACAUUGCCGACGCCGUCAACCUUGUCAGGGGCUUCUCCGAGACCAGCAUCGCGGGCCAUCGGUUAUGGAAGAGCAUGUGCGGGAUUGUCUCGGCGGUUUCAGCACUGGGCUUGGGAUAUCGCCACGCCGAGCAGCAGGCACAUCACAGUGGAGAUGAACAUCAGACGCCACGGCCGUUUCCACAGCCACCGCAUCAAAUGGAUGCUGAUAAAGAGAUGAGGGACUUUUUCAAUUCUAGCUUUUACUACCCAGAGGCGGCGCCACCUGACAUGUCCCAUGUUGGAAUGGAUUUGAUGGGUCUGUUUGAUGCGUUUUGA